AUGCCACACCAGCAGCAGCAUCCUGAACCGCCAAUUGCAUCAAUAAGAAACACCCUGAAUCCUACGACUGCGGCUGCCGUCCCUGCCGCUGCCUCGACGACAUCGACAUCCACUGCGCACGGGAGCUCGAGAAGGACUGGAUCUUCGACUGAGGACCGUUCGGCUGCGGGAUGGACACCGAGGAUAUCUGAACUGACAUUACCGUCUGUACCAUCGACUUCGUAUCGCUCGACUACAUCACAUACACUUCCGCCGACUGUGCAUUCAUCCGGAUCAGACUCCGACAUAUACCGACGAGGACCCUCACUUCGCCGAGACGAUUCACGGGUCGAUCCAAUAUCGACUCAAUCGACACGACCACCGUCACUUCCGACGUCGUCGAGGCCUUCGGCGGCAGAGACUGUACGCACUUCACCGCCAACUGCACCAGCAUCUAGGACUGCGUCGACAUCUUCACAGACCCAGCACUCACUUCAACCACCGCAUACAUCCUUGGCCUUCGAUAUUAGUCCGUUCACUCGACCAACAGUUCCUCCAGCUACUUCAACCAACCGUGUAUCACCACCAAGUCCGCGAACAUUUCAUACAACUAUCAAUACUACUACUAGCCCCGAAAUUAACUCUCGCUGGGUCGGGCAGCCGGUCCGAACACCCACAACAACUGCCAGCGCAACAACAGCAUCAAGAUCGACAUUCUCCACAGAGGUGGACGAGGAGACGAUAACAGCCCCAUCCAGCCCUGCCAGUUUGGCGGGGAAGAAGAAGCGGAUGGCGGAUCUGCUAUUACCGGUGGACGGGGAAGAAGAUGCCGGAGGAGUUCCGACGUCGAAGCAGAAACAGGAUACGCGAACCGUACCAGGCCCUGUCCGAAUACCCGAACCACCACCACCACCACCACCACCACUACCACAUCCACAUCCACAACACCACCCGGUACAUCAACUCGUCGUCCGACAACAACCCCUCCGCGCCCGCAUGUGUGGCUUCGGCGAAAAAGACCGAAGACCACUCGAUCCACCGCCGAUUCUGCAGUUGAUCAUCACGAGUACGCAAACGGGACGGACGGAUCCCGAUGCGUUGAGUGAUCCGUUUUUUGUGGUGCAUGCGACGUUGUGGAGUGACACCGGGGAGGAUGAACGGAAUUUGAUAUUGACAAAUAAGGAUGAUUCGGAGCAAGGACAGGAGCGAGGUGGGAGAGAAGAUAAGGGUGCGGGGCCGGGGGGGAGUGUGGUCAAAGUUCUCAUUGGGAGUUUGGUUAGUAGUCCGGCGUUGUUGGAGGAUGAUCGUGGUGUCGAGGGGGUUUAUUUUGCGUUUCCGGAUUUGAGUAUUCGGACGGAGGGACGGUAUCGACUCAAGUUCUCUUUGGUACGCCUGGGAACGGGAGAUUUCGAUGGUAGUAGUAGGAGUACUAUCGUGGCGGAGGGUGUGAGUGAUGUCUUUACGGUGUACUCGGCGAAGAAGUUUCCCGGGAUGACUGAAAGCACAGAGUUAACGAAAGCUUUCGCACGGCAAGGAUUGAAGAUUCCGAUUCGGAACGACGUAAGAGGGAAGAACAGGGGAAAGACAACAUCAAAUAUGCCACCGCCUGGGGCAGAGGUGACGGAAGAGCAUAUGAAGGCUAAGAAAGCCAAGAAGCAUAGUAUGGAAGCAUGA